AGCCGAAACCGUCCGUUCAUUCCGUGCACUGUACACAUAUAAGGAGCACGGAGCCCAGACUCUCUCCUCACAUGCAUUUGGAAGUAAAAGACGCCCCUCCGCGCACCUGUUCUCGCUCGUCCGUCGGAGCUCCUUCCUCUUCCUCCAUGCGAGUGCGUGCGGACGUGCACCUCCUCUUCUCCUUCCAAUAAACGCGGCGUGCUGGUUUUUCCCCCCUUUUUUUUCCUCCUCUUUUUAAAAAAACAAAAAAAAACAACAACAGUAUGACUUCGUCUUACAACCUGGAUUUCCUGCCCCUGACCGAGAGUCGGCUAAUGGCGUCAAGCGAUACAAUCAACGGCAGCAAGAUGAAUGGGUCUUUGGAAAACUUGGAUCAGCCUGAACCAGACUCCAUCAAGAUGUUUGUGGGUCAGAUCCCUCGCUCCUGGUCAGAAACAGAACUCAAAGAGCUUUUUGAACCUUUUGGAGCUGUGCACCAGAUCAACAUCCUCCGCGAUCGCACCCAGAACCCACCUCAGAGCAAAGGAUGCUGUUUUGUAACUUUUUAUACAAGAAAAGCUGCCCUGGAUGCCCAGAAUGCCCUACACAACAUAAAGACCUUAAGUGGGAUGCAUCAUCCUAUCCAGAUGAAACCCGCUGACAGUGAGAAAACAAGUGCGGUAGAAGACAGAAAACUCUUCAUCGGGAUGGUUUCAAAGAAAUACGGCGAGAACGAGAUCAGGAUGAUGUUCUCGUCUUUCGGGCAAAUCGAGGAGUGCCGAAUCCUGCGGGGACCGGACGGUCAAAGCAGAGGCUGUGCGUUUGUCACAUUUGCUACCAGGUCAAUGGCACAGAAUGCAAUCAAAACCAUGCAUCACUCUCAGACUAUGGAGGGCUGCUCCUCACCUCUGGUGGUGAAGUUUGCUGACACGCAGCGGGACAAGGAGCAACGCCGCCUGCAGCAGCAGCUUGUGCAGCAGAUCCAGCAUAUCAACAGCGCCUCCACCUGGGGCAACCUUGCUGGCUUGGGCAACCUCACGCCUCAGUACCUAGCUCUGCUGCAGCAGGCCACCUCGACAAGCAACCAGAGCACUUUCAAUAGUAUGCAGAGGCUAGGAGGGGUGAAUCAGCUUCAGCUUCAGAACCUGGCGACGUUGGCCGCUGCAGCCGCCGCAGCCCAGAGUACUGGCAACCCGACCUCUGCCAGCGGGUUGUCAGCCAGCAGCAGCGCCCUGGGAGCACUGGCCUGUCAAGCCGGUUCGACAGCAGGCUCCAGCGCCGGUGCCGCCAUGAACACGCUGGCAUCUCUGGGCACUCUGCAGGGUCUAACCGGGGCCUCUGUCGGCCUCAACAGCCUUAACGCUCUCACCAGCGGCGUCGGUGGAAUGGGGGCCAUGAACGGAGGCCUGGGCGCCUCGAUGGCCAACGGCUCAGCGGCCAGUUCCAUGGACGCGCUGACCCAGGCCUACUCAGGGAUGCAGCAGUACACGGCCUCGGGCCUGCCCUCCCUCUAUGGACAGUCACUUCUGCAGCAGAGCAUCGCUGGAAGCCAGAAGGAAGUGGGGCCAGAGGGUGCCAACCUUUUCAUCUACCACCUGCCGCAGGAGUUUGGGGACCAGGACCUUCUGCAGAUGUUCAUGCCCUUUGGGAACGUGGUGUCUGCCAAAGUGUUCAUAGACAAACAGACCAAUCUGAGCAAGUGCUUUGGGUUUGUCAGCUAUGACAAUCCUGUGUCGGCGCAGGCUGCCAUCCAGGCCAUGAACGGCUUCCAGAUCGGAAUGAAGCGGCUGAAGGUUCAGCUGAAGCGUUCCAAGAACGACAGCAAGCCCUACUGAUCCGAGUCCCGAUCCCCCCCCCCUCCCCACUUCCUCCCCAGCUCUAAUGCUAGCAAUGCUAGGGUAAGUUCGGCCAGAGACUCACUCGGGGAGAAAGGGUGGAGGAGGAGGUGGGGGGAAGAAGGAGCCUUUUCCUUAAAAAAAAAAAAAAGUUUGCAAUGAUCUUUUCACAUCUACUGUAUUUCAUUCCUGCUGUUUUAUCAUGUCAUAGUUAAAUAUUUUAAUGUAUAUUUAUUUAUGACUAUCACUGGAGUCACGGGAGGUAGCGCUCUUUUUAAUUGUUUUUACCCAUGCCUUUCUCAUUGCUUAAGUUUUAGACGGGUUGACUAAGGAUCACUUGGGUUUAAAGGGCCAAAACCACGGCAAUUGUGCGCUUUUUUUUUUUUUUUGCAUAUGGCCUCAUCGCUCCUUCUUAUCGUCUAUCUGAGCCAUGUGAUGCUAGGCUCUCUCUCUCUCUGUAUUAACACCCUCCUGCAGUCAUUCCAUCCAUCAGGGCUCCAGAUGGAUCUUUAGGUGCCAAGUACAUGCAUGUCGGGAGUCCAUUUUGUCAAGUUUGUGUAUUGUUUUUGUGUGUCGGCAGAGGAGAUCAGGGAGGAGGUCAAUGUCUUUAUCGUACUGUGUCAGGGGUGUCCAAAGUCCGGCCCCAGGCCAAAUUUCAUUGGGCUGAGGCACAACUUGGAGGAUGAGGGUCACACUGAAAAGAAAACGUAAUCAAAAGGUGAUGUGAUUAAAUAUUAAGUAUAAAAAGUAAUGGCUUGUUAAGUCAAUUUAUUUAAAAAUUAAAUAUUUGGGAGAAAAUUAUAACACAUUCAGUUAAGUAUUACUGAGAUAAGAGUUGUGUGUUAUAAGUUGAAGAAAAAUAAAUGGUAUUGACUUUACAACAUCCGGCGUAAGUCAAUAAUGACUCCAACCUAAUGAUUUGCCUGCGGCUUUAUUCGAAAACCGUUCCAACACUUCCUGUUCCGCCCUUUUCAACAAUACUCCUUUCACCAUAAGAGUUUGUGCUUACUAAGUGAACAAUAAUAAAAAGUACACAAAUUAGUCCAUAUCUUAACGUGUGACUCUUGGCAACACAAUCCAAUCCACUUUGUUUAUAAAACACAUUAAAAAAUGUUUUCCCAAAGUGCUGCACAACAAUAUUCAAAUAUUAUCCUCAGCUCCUCCACCAAUGACUGAAUAAAAACAAAAAAUAAAUAUAAAAAUAUGAUUUUAAAGGGUAAAACCAAUUAAAACCGUAAAUAGAAAUCCACAUUUGAAAAAAAAACAGGACAAUAGAGUACCACACAACUCGCAUAGUGUUAAAAGCCAAAGAAUAAAAAGUGGGUCUUAAGACGAGACCUAAAACACUCCACUGGGGGAGCAAUUUAAACAUGGAGGAGUAGAAUGUUUCAGAGCUUAGGGCCGAUCACAGGUUUUAACUCUGGUCUUGGGCACCACGAGCUGGAGCUGGCCCUCGGACCUCAGAGCGCACAUUUCAAUUAAGAGUCCAAUUCUUCAGGUGAUUCAGAACCGAUUGUUGGUUAAACACGAUAUGUUAUUUAACUUUGAUGGUGUACCGAGGUGGAGAAUUGUCUUUUGGCUGACCAACGGCACCAAAAUACAAACAGUGUCAGUUAUUUAAUAAAACAAAACAUAAUAGACACAAUAGGAACAGAGGUUGGGUACAAAUUGGAAUAAAUGUAAAGUAUAACAUUUUCAAAAUGAAUCGUAUUGGUUGCAGAGAUUGCCUUAAAACAUAUUUUUUUUUAUUGAUUUUUGGACAUUUUUAAUCUAAAGAAUUAGGAGUUACAUUUUGGAUGGAAAUCGAUGUAUUUCUCUUGGUCGCUACAUGUAUUUCCCAGGCCAUAGGGCGCACAGGAUUAUAAGGCACACUGCUGAUGAAUGGUCUAUUUUUUUAAAAUCUUUUUUUCAUAUAAAAGGCGCACCGGAUUAUAUAUGACCAUUAAAUAACAUGUAAUGGUGGUUCUUUGGUCAAAAUGUUGCAUAGAUUAUGUCUUACAGACUAUCUUCGAGCCGCUUUCGGGAUGAGGCAUUUUGUGGGCGGUGUUAUUUACGUUUGGCUCACUUUCGGCAGCGUCUUCUCCCCGUCAUCUUUGUUGUAGCGGUGUGGCAUGCAAGGACGGGAAUGGAAGAAGUGUCAAAAGAUGGCGCUAACUGUUUUAAUUACAUCCAGACUUUACAUCAAUCAAUAACGGAGCAGCAUCUCCUCACCACCAGAAAUGUGUCCCGCGAAAAACCGUCCAAGCGGAACUCUCCAAUAACUAAAGUUCCUUGGGUGAAUAAUGUAAACUCACUAAACCGGUAUGUUUUAGCGCGUUCAUGGCGAGUUUACCGGCAGAUAUAAGUAACAACUUUACGCUACUUUUCUAUCAGAAAUGGCAACAGUGGAGGAUAAAUGUCCCAUAACAAGAAGAUAGAGAAAAAGGUUACGGACUACUGUGUCUCCACGUACUACAAAGGCGGACGCAUGCAAUUUUUCAAUAUUUAUCCAGAUCCCAAAUACAGAUCAGCAGGUACCAGAAGGUAAAAGUUUCUUUUGCAUAAUAUUGCGAUACAAAACGCCAGAUAAUGUCUUACUUUAUACACACACACCAUAAUAAUACUCGUAUGUUGAAGCACAUCAAGCGGUGCUUACCAAAGUCGUACUAGAACAUUUUGAUAGAUUUUUGAGCGCCGUGUGUAAUGUUCUAUAUUCUCAAUGGAACAUUUAACUUGAGACAUAUUGCCAUCAUAGUGUAGCCUACACUUAUCUCUUAAGUUUGACUGCCACCUACUGGUCACACUUAUCAUUACAGCAUGUACCAAAAUAAAACAGCUUCGAGGUGGGUAAGCUCAACCAAACGUAUUCCUUACAUAAGGCGCACUGUUGAGUUUUGAGGGGGGGAAAGGAUAUUAAGUGCGCCUUCUAGUCCGGAAAGUAGGGUAUUUUGGAUAGUUUAAUAUGUUUAUUCAAUCUAAGUGGGGCUCCCCUUCAUCCUUGUGUUUUGCAAGCCCUCAUCGGACAAAGUUUGGACCCCCCUGCUUUAUGUGGUGAUUGUUUUUGUGCCUCAUGGCUUUUAAAGGAUUCUUGUGCCGUGCUCCUAACUUUCUCCUCUCUCUCUCUCUCUCUCUUCUUUUGUCCUCUAUCUCUUCUGUGUUUUUGUCCCUAUUUUUUAGAACAAAUCUCCAUGCCUGUUUGCUCAUCAU